GGGGGUAUUGCGGGAGGGGAAAGACUACAGCUCCCAGCAGCCACCGCACAGGAAAUGGGAGAGGCACGUGGCCCGAACCGAGCAUUGUAGGACACUUCAGUGGGUGAUAAGAAACAGUUUCAUGACAUGCCGCCACGUUGCGGAAGCCAAGUGUUGGGAGUGUGCUUCUAGGGGUGUCUCCUGGCUUCUCAAGAAAAGACUCAGCCAGGCAGAGCUCCGAUGAACUCCUCAGAGGCUCCCGUGAGCUUUUUCGAGGGCGAUGGUUUGGCCGAUCAGUUUCUACACAUAGAGCGAGAGCAGACCCUCCGCCUGAAGGAGCUCAGCUUCCUUGAGCCCGUGGAGUACGUUUACAACCCCUUGGAAUACGCCUGGGAGCCCCACGAAGAUUACGUGCGUCGAUACUGUCAGUUCCGCAAGGAGGUGCUGUUUCUUGGUAUGAACCCAGGGCCUUUUGGAAUGGCCCAGACUGGGGUGCCCUUUGGAGAGGUGCAGCUGGUCCGAGACUGGCUCCAGGUCCGUGGGCAGGUGUCCAAGCCACCAAGGGAGCACCCCAAGAGACCUAUCCGGGGCCUGGAAUGCCCCCAGACGGAGGUGAGCGGCGCCCGCUUCUGGGGCUUCUUCCGCUCCUUGUGCGCCAGGCCCGAGGUCUUCUUCCGCCACUGUUUUGUUCACAACCACUGCCCGCUUCUCUUUCUUAGUCACAGCGGACGCAACUUGACUCCGGCCGACCUGCCGGCCGCCAAGCGGGAACAGCUCCUGCAGGUCUGUGACGACGCUCUGUGCGAAGCCGUCAAGCUCUUGGGCGUCAACAUGGUGAUCGGCGUGGGGCGCUUUGCUGAGCAGCGCGCCCGCAAGGCCCUGUCGGCUGCUGGGAUCCCAGUGCGAGUCGAGGGGGUGAUGCACCCAUCGCCUCGCAACCCCCAGGCCAACAAGGGCUGGGAUGCCAUCAUCCGAGCAAAACUGGAGGAACUUGGUGUGCUGGCUCUCCUUGUGGAAUGAUUGCUUGCGGAACCUCAGUUGCCCUUGGGUGACUUGGCCUCACAUGCCAAUCACACUGGAUGUGCCAAUGACUCUGGACUCAUUUUUCAUAGACCAGCCCAGGCUUGGGCUACGAAAGCUACUGUUCUAUCAUUGGGUUGACACUACCAUUUUUUAACACUACUCUUUUUUUGUGCUCCUGAGAUAUACUCAUAAUUCACUUCUUCAGGUUCUUCUGGAGCCCCCUGUUGGGUCUUUCUGGAAUUUGGGUUUCAAAUUCAUCUACAUGUAUUGGUGCUAAACUUCAUCUGGGGUGAUAUCUGGCAGAUCUUGUAGCAGCAGCUGCCACUCUGCUAGAUGCUUCUGGCUCCUGCUGGCUUCUCCAUGAUCAAACUCAUGUUAGACAUUGAAGUGGGGAGUUUUGGCCCAGGGUGCUCAGUCUGGCUUUUUGCCAAACCUCUGUUCUUUGUGGGGGAGGCAUGUUAACACAUUAAGGUGUCUUAAUAACCAUUGGCUUAACUAGCCACCAUGAUGCCCUCCAGAUGCUUUGGACUACAAUUCCCAGCAUCCCUGACCAUUGGCCAUUUUGAGUGCAACUGAUGGGAGUCAGACUCCAACAACACCUUACAGGGCACUACGUUGGCUACUCCUGAUCUAACCCAUUGGUCAAAACCUGAUCUAAGGUGGGUCUCAACACCAGCACUACCUCCAUACACACACAUUUCAAAAAUAUGUAUAUAAUGAAUAGGUCCCCAAACACAUGUUUGUGUUAAAGGUGGGUCUCGUGUUGGAAAAGGCUGUGGGCAACUGGUCAAGCCCCCUUUUGCUUACUCUGUGUAGUUCUCUUAAGUUCAAGACCUGCCACCUGAGUGGAGAUGUAGGAGAAUUGCAUGCAAAAUCUUCCGUAUGGCGGACGUGCCGUGUCACUGAGCUACAGCCCUCAGAGUUCAGGUAAAUCAAGCAGGUGGGAAUCAAAGUGGCCGCCUGGUCUAGGCACUUGUGGGGGCUGCCUCCCCAUACCUUCUUCUCACGCAGCUUCAACUGGGGUGUGCACCCCCAAAAGACGUCACGGGGCCUGCUCAUGGGCAGAGCGUAUGGAAAUGACGCCCACUCUCCUCUCUGCCAGAGCUGCUGGGCUGGAGAGGGUGACCCAGGGAUGGAGGUGCAUGGCUGGUAGCCUCUCUCCGCUGUGGUGGAGCUCCAAGUGGCAUAGCCAAGGAGAAGGGUGGCAGACGCUCCACUCCACUCCCACGUCCUGCAGUUGGGCACGAGGAAGAUGGGAGCCUCUUGUGAGGGUGCCUAGUCACUCCCCCUCCAGAAAAUGUGCUCCGGGGCACGGCACACCCUGCCCUCCCCACACUGCACCCCUGGACCUGCUACCAUGCCACUGUCGGAAUCUCCACUCGGCCAAGCUGAUAAAGCUCCAUUUUCCGGCCGAGUCUCCGGAAUCGCCUCCGACGAAUAAUUAACGACCUCGAGCCUUUGAUGAGGCUCCAAGGCACAUUCUAUUCAGCAGAGUUCCCAGCACAGUGAAGAGACAAGAGGUUUGGCUACAUGCUAUGCUUUAUUUCUAAGCUAUGCAGAGAGCAGAGAAAAAUACAUCCUCUCUCUGUGAGAGCAACUGAACAAAGGAAACCGGAAAC